AUGGGCCGUCGGCUCGUCCGUGGCAUCUCUGGAGCUGCAGUCUUCCUUGCCAGUGUGGCUCUCCUCUCCAUGCGGCACCGUGGGGCUCGGGAAGCAGCCCAGUACCCAGGGAUCGGGGAGGGGAUGUCGGAGAAGCCAGAGGGAGCUGGUGGCAGGGGGCAGAAGGACCUCAAACUCCAUCCUCUGGAGGUGCACAGGACUGAGGGAAGCCUGAUGCUUGAGGACAUUUUCAUAGCUGUGAAGACAACCAAGAAGUUUCACCAGAGCAGGAUGGAGCUGCUCCUGGACACGUGGAUAUCCCAGGCCAGCGAACAGACCUACAUCUUCACUGAUGAAGAGGAUGGUGCCUUGGAAAGGAGAAUGGGUGGCCGUGUGAUCUUCACCAACUGCUCGGCCGAGCACAGCCACCUGGCCCUGUCUUGCAAGAUGGCUGCAGAGUUCGACGCCUUCCUGGCCAGCGGCCUGAGCUGGUUUUGCCACUUGGAUGAUGACAACUACCUGAACCCUCGGGCGCUCCUGGAGCUCUUGUCCUCCUACGCAGAGACGUGGGAUGUUUACCUGGGCAAACCCAGCCUGAACCGACCCAUCAGGGCCUCAGAAAUGCUGCCAAACAACCAGACGAAAUCCGUGCGCUUCUGGUUUGCCACGGGAGGGGCUGGGUUCUGCAUCAGCCGCAAGCUGGCAAGGAAGAUGGUGCCCUGGGCCAGUGGCAGGAACUUCCUGAGCACUUCCGAGCUCAUCCGCCUGCCGGACGACUGCACCGUGGGUUACAUCAUUGAGUGCAAAGUCGGUGGGCAGCUGAUUCCCAGUGCACUCUUCCACUCCCACUUGGAGAACCUGCAGCUCAUCCCCACCUCUCAGCUCACGCAGCAGGUCACCCUCAGCUAUGGUGUGCUUGAGAACAAACUCAAUGUCAUUGAGCUCAAUGGCCCCUUCUCGCCUCAGGAGGAUCCCUCAAGGUUUCGAUCACUCCACUGCCACCUCUAUCCUGACACCUCCUGGUGCCUGCAGGCUGUUGGUUGGUGAUGCCUGAACCUCGGCUACAGUGAAUCCAGGUGACAC